GAUAACGGGGCAUUUAUUUAUUGUUGUUGUUUUUGUCUUUGUUCACUAACGUAAAAAGAGAUUUGUCUUCAGAUAUACAUCACCACUGCGAGUUUUUUAAUUUUGCGUAGAUAUGGCUGAGCUUGGUCGUAGAUAUGGUUUUUUCCGUUGUACAGGCUGCAAUGGGCAGUGGGAAAGCUCUCAUGUUUAUGUCAACAAUAUGACGGGGCAGGUUGCCUACAAACAAAAGUGUAAGAAGUGUAACAUUGAGUGCGACCCGUACCACGUAGAGGAGCUAAAGUGUUCUAUAUGUGGCAUGCAGGGAAAACUCUGCAAGUGUACCAAGGAGGAGAAGAUGUCUCGUCACGUGAACGAGAAAAGACCACACCGAAGUGAUCUCUGCAUGAAGUGCCGCGCCGGGAUUCGUUGUACUUCUCCCAAUCUGAUGCUUUGAGGAAAACAAAAAAUAUAUAUGGAACUGUUAAAUGAUUCACAGAUGAACAUUUAAGGAACUGAUUUACGCUUAGUCACAAUAAAAAGAGUUCCAAUUUCUUUGCUGGAACAACAUUAAGUACUUUGUAAGGGAUUAACCCGCCAAUAUGAAAACCAAUUUUCUCCUACAAACAAAUCAUUUCUGUAUCCGUCUCAGUAUUUGGAUUCAUUGUUUUAUUCCAUCGCUAACCCUAUGUUUAAAUGUUUGGUUGAUUAUCUGUUUAGAACUCCACGGCUACCUGUACAUUUCAGUAGGAACUACCGACUUCAGGAACUUUUCUUUGAGGAGUUAAAUAUUUAUUUAUUUAUUUAUUUAUUUAUUUAUUUAUUUAUUUAUUUAUUUUAGAUCUGAAUUGGAGAGGACUAGUAGCUUUGCAGGCUAGGCAUAAGAAAGUAACUCUGGGAAAUUUCAAACGUGUACAAUAGACCUUGAAGACACUUCGAUCGUUGCACACCCGAUAUAAGAAAUUGAUUUUGGCAUCCAAAAUGAGCCAAUAUCUUUAAACAAAACCUGUAAUUUAUUUUAUUUAUUUAUUUAUU